CAGCCCAAGGGCUGACCAGCACUAGUCAACGCUGCCCGUCUCUGGACAUCACUGAGGGUCCCAUUUCUUGCCCAGCGGGCUGUGAUCGACUCCAGUCGACAGCUGUGAGGUGGGAGAAGCAACAACGCGGCCAGCCUCUCCCCCAGCCCUCUUGGCAACCCGCCUCUCUGGGCAGCCCUCCAGCAGGCAGCCAAGCAGCAGAGAAGCCGCGGGCCAAUAGCUAGGGGACGGCACAGGGGCGGAGGCCGCCUUUAGAAACCCAGCGCGUCACGCCGCCGCCCCGCCUACCCCCCCCCCCCCAGUGCUUACCGGAGCCGCAGGGUUUCGACGAGGCACGGACGAGGAGCUGGAAGGCCACCCCUCCCAGACCUGGGACUCCAUUCUGGUCCCAGCAGGCUGCUGGAAUUGAGGCAUCUUCAUCAGCAGUUGGGACACAUCUUACGCCUCCCCACCUUGAUCAGUGGUGGAUCAUUGGUCAGCUAGAGGCACAGCGCUGUGAGGAAGACAAGUGCUUCGGGACAGAGAGCUGAAAAAUUAACUUCCCUUUCCAGCCUGACACCCUGGCCAUUGACUCCGAAAUUUGCCAAGCUCACUGGAAGGCAUAGAAAUUAAGGCCAGCCACAAUGUUGCUGCUGCUGCACAGACCUGUGGUCCUUGGGCUUCAACAGGCCUGCAGACUCAGAAUGACUCCCUCCAGGCUCUGCAUUCGGGCCUGCUCUACAAAUGAUUCACUUCAGCCCCAGCACCCCAGCCCCAGCUUCUCUGAUAACUCUAGCACUAGAAGAUGGAAAGCCAUGGGGACCCUGCUAGGCCUUGGUGCAGUGUUAGCCUAUCAUGAUCAUCGAUGUAGGGCUGCUCAGGAGUCACCACGCAUGUACACUAAGGAGGAAGUCAGUUCCCACAACAGCCCUGAGACUGGGAUCUGGGUAACUCUGGGCUGUGAAGUCUUUGAUGUCACAGAAUUUGUGGAUCUACAUCCAGGAGGUCCCUCAAAGCUGAUGCUAGCAGCUGGGGGACCCCUAGAGCCUUUCUGGGCCCUCUAUGCUGCUCACAACCAGCCUCAUGUAUGUGAGUUACUGACCAAGUACAAGAUUGGGGAGCUGAACCCUGAAGAUAAUGUGUCUCCAACCUUGGAGACUUCUGACCCUUAUGCUGGUGAUCCUAAGCGUCACCCAGCCCUGAAGGUCAACAGCCAACGCCCCUUUAAUGCAGAGCCUCCCCCUGAGCUGCUGACAGAAAGCUACAUCACACCCAACCCUAUCUUCUUCAUCCGGAACCAUCUGCCUGUACCUAACCUGGACCCCGAUACCUAUCGCUUGCAUGUAGCAGGGGCACCUGGAUAUCAGUCAUUGUGCCUAUCCCUGGAUGACUUGUACAAGUUUCCCAAACAUGAAAUCACAGUCACUCUGCAGUGUGCCGGCAACCGGCGUUCUGAGAUGACUCAGAUCAAGGAAGUAAAAGGUCUGGAGUGGAGGACGGGGGCCAUCAGCACUGCACACUGGGCUGGGGCACGGCUCUGUGAAGUGUUAGCCCAGGCUGGUCACCAGCUGUCUGACACUGAGGCCCAGGUCUGCUUUGAAGGACUAGACUCUGACCCCACUGGGACUGCCUAUGGAGCAUCUAUCCCUCUCACUCGGGCCUUGGAUCCUGAGGCUGAGGUCCUGCUGGCAUAUGAGAUGAACGGGCAGCCUCUGCCUCGUGACCAUGGCUUCCCUGUGCGGGUGGUGGUUCCUGGUGUGGUAGGUGCUCGCCAUGUCAAAUGGCUGGGCAGAGUGAGUGUGGAGGGAGAGGAAAGUUACAGCCACUGGCAGCGGCGAGAUUAUAAAGGCUUCUGUCCAUCUGUGGACUGGGACACUGUAGAUUUUGACUCAGCUCCAUCUAUUCAAGAACUCCCUGUCCAGUCGGCCAUCACAGAGCCUCAGGCCGGGGACACGAUAGAGUCGGGGGAUGUGACUGUCAAGGGCUAUGCAUGGAGUGGUGGUGGCAGGGCUGUGAUACGGGUUGAUGUGUCUCUGGAUGGGGGGCUAACCUGGCAGGCAGCUGAGUUGGAUGAAGAGGAACAGCGUCCCAGAAAGGCCUGGGCUUGGCGUCUAUGGCAGUUGCAAGCCCCUGUGCCAGCUGGGCAAAAGGAAUUGAACAUUAUUUGCAAGGCUGUGGAUGACAGCUAUAAUGUGCAGCCAGACACUGUGGCCCCAAUCUGGAACCUGAGAGGUGUGCUCAGCAAUGCCUGGCACCGUGUCCAUGUUCAUGUUGCCCCAUGAGAGCAUGGUAUGAAGCCAUCUUUACCCCAGAACCACUGAACUCCUUCACCCAUCCUGUGGCCUCACUGUCACAAAAAACCUUUCUCUGCUCUCCAUUUUUUGGAUCACAACCCCACACUAUGCCUUUAUGAGCCAUACUCCGGGACACAGAUUGCAUAUUUCAACCUAGCCACCUUCCUUGACACUAUGUUACAUACCCGUCUUGGCCCCUGAUCCUGUGCCAGAGGAGAGCUGUUGGAGCAAAGGGCUAGAGGUGAGAAAAGUAAUUCUGAGACAAGCACUGUCUGUUUUUUCAUCCUACCUCACCUCUACUUCUGCUUAUCAUCAUCCUAGGCUUUUAUUUUGCUUUCUUAAAUUCUUCUGAGAAUGUGUGUGGUAAGAAAACUGCUACUUUCUACUGCCUUUGUGUUGCCAGGGGAUUGUGAGGGACAUCGAGGACACAACCCUCUCUGUUUAUAGCUCUACUCUUUGUAAAUGCAUCAAUAAAAUUGACUUUGGCCUCUUGAGCCCGGGGA